GGAAGAGACACGUUUAAAUUGUUCAGCCACUCUUUUGUUGACUCAUAAACUGUUUCCGCUGGUCUUCUCCUCUCAGUUCCUCGGCUAGGCAGCAUGGCGUUUGCAGGGAAAUAUCAGCUUGAAACUCAAGAGAACUAUGAGGAGUUUUUAGAAGCAACUGGGCUUCAGAAUGCUAAGACAGAGCACAAAGUGGUGACUGAUGUUGUUCAGGAUGGAGACAACUACACCUGGACACAGACCAUCCCCGGCUGGAGCUGGAGCAUCAGCUUUACAAUUGGAAAGGAGUGCGAGAUGGAAUCAAUAAAAGGAGUCACUUUUAAGGGCACCGUAACCAUGAAAGAUGGAAAGAUUUGUCUGCAGUUUCCAGAAUAUUUCUUCACAGCAGAAAUUAUAGACGAUAGACUAGUGAUGAUCUGUGUCACUCCUGGAGAAAAGGGUGUGGCUAUGAAGAGAGUGUGCAAGAGGAUUUAGCUCUGCGGGAUCCAACAUGUUUGCCCAGGAGAAAAAAAAAAACUGACAGGCAAACAACUCUCCGGCCUCUUAAAGAAAAAGAAAGAAUGUGACCGCAUAAAUGAGGCCACUGACAGAUUGCCUGUCAGCAACUCUAAAAUGAGUUUCUCAUGACUUUUGAGCUUGAUUUUGCAGAAGUGACAAAAACUUAUUGUUUGAAAUUGUCCCUUUUAACAGGACUUGCAUCUAAACCACUAACAUUCACUAAAGUAGGCUAUAACCUGCUCCUACAGAUUUCUUUUCCAUAACUAUUUUGAAAUAAUGUUUUUGCUUGACUCAGAUGUUAUUCUGUCCAGGUUGUUUUCCUGUUUUCUUCUGCAGAAGAUUCAUAUCUCUUUGCCUCAAUCAGAAGGAAAUAUCUGACUCAAAUCACAGGACUGACUAUGAUAGUUUACAUGAAUAAGAAUUAGGCACCUUAUGAAUGAUAUUGGGUGGAAUCUUUUUUAUACAAUUCUAAAUAAAAAGCUUUCAAAAGACA